CUGAAUCGGACUUCCUUUCACCGGGGAAGUGACAUUCCACAGGAGGUCACAAACCGGCGGCUGGAAGCUUUAGCGGUGCCCAGAAAAGUUUAUUCAGAAUCAGCCCGCGUGUAAAAAACCCGCCGCCACUUCGCCUGAUGACCGCAGCUUCUCUAUGACAGAACCGGGACAAGUUUCUGCACCGCUGGAAGUUUUAAUAAGAAAGAAACAUGUCUGGAGAAGUGAGCACGAGUCCGGAAGGAAAUGGAAAAGUCACCCGGGUUAUUCGAAUGGGGACCAGGAAAAGCCAGUUGGCGCGGAUCCAGACAGACAGUGUGGCGGAGAAGCUGAAGGAGCUGUAUCCUGACCUGCAGCUGGAGAUAGUUGCAAUGUCGACAAUCGGAGAUAAAAUCCUGGACACUGCGUUAUCAAAGAUUGGAGAGAAGAGCUUAUUUACCAAAGAACUGGAGAAUGCCCUUGAGAGAAACGAGGUGGAUCUUGUUGUGCACUCUCUGAAAGACCUGCCUACCUCCCUGCCUCCUGGCUUCACUAUUGGUGCUGUUCUAGAGCGUGAAAACCCUCAUGACGCCGUGGUGCUUCAUCCAAAGAAUGCUGGACUCACCUUGGACAGCCUGCCUGAAAAGAGUGUGAUUGGCACCAGCUCCCUCCGCCGAGCGGCCCAGCUGAAGAAAAGAUUCCCUCAACUGGAGUUUGAAAACAUUAGAGGAAACCUGAACACUCGUCUGAAGAAGCUGGAUGAGAAGGAGGACUUCGCUGCCAUAAUUCUGGCUGCAGCCGGAUUAAAGCGAAUGGGCUGGGAGAGCCGCAUCAGUCAGGUGCUGGGCCCUGAAGACUGUAUGUAUGCUGUAGGCCAGGGAGCUCUGGCCAUAGAGGUAAGGGCAAGAGACCGGGACAUCCUGGAGAUGGUGUCCAUUCUGCACCACCCAGACACUGUGCUGCGCUGUAUAGCAGAGAGAGCCUUCCUCAAACAGCUGGAAGGUGGCUGCAGUGUACCAGUAGCUGUCUACACUGAGGUGAAGGACUCUGUGCUCUAUUUGACAGGUGCAGUUUACAGUCUGGACGGUGCUGACUGCUUGAAGGACACCAUGCAGACCAACAUUGAGCUAGACAACAAGGUGAACGAGAGCACGGAGGAGCAUGUCAAUGUCGCAAUCACAGCUAAUAACAUAUCUGUGACUGCCCUGAGCGCUGCAGAGAAGCUGGGCCUGGAUCUGGCCAACCUUCUGCUGACCAAAGGAGCCAAGGACAUCCUUACCACAGCCAGGCAGCUGAACGAUGCCAGAUAAUGCCUUAUUUCACCCUCUGUGGUGCGAAGACCUGCGUGAGACCUUUGACCAACACUAUAGACUUUUUUUUUUUACACACCAUUGUGAACUGCAAAACUGCACCUGGACGCCUGCUACAUUCAGAGUAAAGGUCAUCUCAUACUGCCACACAGUAUUUCACCUGUCUGCAUCUACAGCAGGGCAUGGGUCUUCCCAUGGGGUGUUCGGGAGCUGGUGUUCACAGCUGAUUUCCACUAAAUUUAUGCCCAGCAAAAAUAUGGAACAUUAGUAGCUGAAAAUGUGCCUUAUGGAACUCUGUAUACUUUUUUGGAAUUUUUAAAUGAUUUCUAUUUAAGAUUCAGAGAUUUCAGAGAAGUCAUUCACAGUGGUUUGUUGUAAAAUAUGCAAUUCUAUCAGGAAAACUUUAUAUUUUGGAUGAUGUUAUUCUAAUCAUGGAAAUUGUUACUAUACAAGAUCUUGCCAACAUCGUGCCUUGAAUAGAUUGUAAAAUGUAUGUUUUAACCCAAAACCAUUUUAAAAUUCAUCAUAAAACAACAUUUUAGACAUCAGCCAGGGUGGUGCACUUUAGGUGCACUUAUGAUAUUUAAAUUUAAAAUAUUUAUACUUAAGAUGUCAGUUUUCGGUUUUUAAAAGACUGGUGGACAUUAAAAUGCCUGCUUCUCGUUGAAUUAAUGUUUUAAAUCCUCUCUAAAUGCUGCAGCUGAUAUAAUUUAGUGCCCGUACAGAGCUACCAGACAAUUUAAGGUGGAACAGAAAACUAAUGAAAUCCAGGUCUGGAUUGGAUGUUCUUCAGCAGCCAAAAAUAUAGGUAUUGGACGGAAGCUCUUGAUCUUGUUUAAAUACUUUUACUGAGGCCAUUCUUUAACUGUGAAGCCAGAUACAUUAAUAAAUUGAUAAUUUAGGGAUGGAAUGUUUGGUAACAACAUUAAAUAACAAAAUUUAUUGUGUUAAUUUGACUUAACUAGCAGAUGCAGCAUAUUUGGAAAAAACUGCUAUCAAAAUACUACCUCAUACAUGGUGCAUUGAUUUGUUUUUUUUUUCUCCCAAAUUUGUUGCAGUUCAUCCAGUUAAACUGGACUAACUACACUCUUUGUAGUAGAACAUGCAGUUGAUCAGGGCUUUUGUCAUUAACGACAUCCAAUAUAGUUUCAGAAAAUGCAUAUUUUGAAUCACAGUAACGCAGUUUAUUAUGAUAUGCAUCACAAAAUAUUGCAGUAUUAUCAGCCCCUAAAAUAAACGUUAACUUUUGCAAUAUUUACUUCAUAACCACCAUCGCUUAUCAAUCUCAGCAUUUUACACCAAACCACUCUAAAUGACUUGUAAAAAUCAAAUUAAUCAUACAGAAACAAAAACAUAGCUUAUAUACAACCUCUUUACAGUGGCAAAAUCCUAAAUAAAUCAAGUUUAAGCAGUGAUAUCACUGAACUGUGCUGGACGCCGGCCCUCAAUGCCCUUAUCUGAAAAAAACUCUGAUGUACUUGGCUGAGCAGGAUGCCUACAGUGCUGUAUAACUGGAAGUAACAGCAUAUGAUAUUGUAUUGUAAUAUAUGCCUGUAUUUACCAAUGUGACCACAGCACUGAUUCUGAUUCUUUCAGUGCUGAAGACACUGACAUUUAUACUACGACUGCACUAAACCUCGGGCAACCUCAAUAGUCCACAUAGAGCCAAACCUACACUCUGAUAACAUUUCAUUACUCAAGCAUCUGUAACCAUAUCAGUAACUGGUUUCAUUAGCUGUGUGUAUUUAUGAGCAACAGAAACUUUCUAAGUGUUUCAGCUGCUGAGAAUAUUAUACACUUUUUUUUUAUUGUGUUUGUUGGGACUUUUUAUGUUCCCAUCAUCAGGCAAAUCUACAGCCAGUAUCUAAAGCGUUUGCUCCUCAGAACUUCCUCUGUUUAGCUUGGGUCUGUAAUGUAUCCUACACGGUGCUACUUCAUUAUAUUGCACUUAUCCCUGCACACUUCUGUUACCCGCCCACUGCCAAACCCAUAGGAGGUCCUGACACAGAUUAGGCCUAGUGGAGCACUAAAAUAAGUACCACCAGUAGCAGUGGUAAUUCAGAGCCUGACCUAAUUUCUAUUAAGGAAAGCCACCCUUAAUUGUUUAAAAGGCAAACAUUGACUCUUUAUCAUUCUUUCAAAAAGGUGCAGGCAGUAAGUUCUCACACUAUCCAGAAUACUGGAUAAUGUUCUCUGUGCCUCUGAGUCAUCUAAAGUACUGCAGUCAUUUACCAGCAGGCUAAGUAAUUACCCUGAGAUGUGCCUUAUUGUGAUAAUGCAAUCUGAAGCUAUACUUGUUAAACUACUGAAAUUAAAAAGAUUUUUUAUCA